AUGUCCAAUAUUCAAGAGGGGUCCUCUGUUACUAGAGCUCCAUUAUUUGAUGGAACUGAUUAUGUGUUUUGGAAAAUCAGAAUGGAAACAUAUCUGAUUUCUCUUGAUCUUGAUGUCUGGAACAUUGUCUGUACUAAGUACACUGUUCCUGCUAACAUUCCUACAACUCCUGAUGAAAAAAAACAAUAUGAAAUGAAUGCCAGAGCCAAACAUGCUAUCUUGUGUGGUUUGACAAAAGAUGUGUUUGUCAAAAUCAUGCACUGUAAAUCUGCCCAUGAAAUAUGGGAAAAAAUUGAAAAUAUCUAUCAAGGAAAUGAAAAAGUCAAACAAUCAAAAAUUCUGACUUUAAAAACUCAAUUUGAGGAAAUGAAAAUGAAAGAUAAUGAAAAGGUUGCUAAAUAUUUUUUGAGAAUAGAUGAGGUUGUUAAUGGCAUGAGAGGAUUAGGUGAGGAGGUUGAUGAAUUUACUGUGGUCAAGAAGGUUAUUAGAACUUUACUGCCUAAAUAUGAGACUAAGGUUUCAGCUCUUGAGGAAAAGAAAAACUUUAAUAAGCUCACCUUAGAUGAUCUUCAAGGAACAUUAAUAGCUUUUGAAAUGAGAACAAGCAAAAGUGAUAAUGCUAGUUCUUUAUUGAAAGAAUCUACCUUUAAAACUGAAAAGAUAGAAGCUAUUGAUAGUGAGUCAAACCUAUCUGACACAUUAGAGGCUCUCCUAGUGAGAAAGCUGAAAAAGAAAUAUAGAGCAAAAUUGCCUCUUAAAUGUUUCAACUGUGGUAAAGCUGGUCAUUUUGCAACCCAAUAUCCUAAUGCUGAUCAAAACCUUGAUGAUGAUCAAACUAAAAAACAUUUUAGGAGAAAGACCUUUCCGAAAAAGAAAUUUAACUUCAACAAUCUUAAAAAGAAAAAGAGUCUAUUCAGUAAAGAAGACUCUAAUGAUGAUUCCGACAAUUCUUUAGGAGAUGAAGGUGAAACUUUGUUCAUGGUUGAAAUUGAAAUGCCAAAAAUAUUAAGCAGCAAGUCUGAUAGUCAAAUGAACAGUCAAUCUGAUCAAGAAAAUUGUGAGAUAAACCUUGAAGGUGAACUGCUAUGCACCCUUCAAGAGAUAAAGAAACUCAAGAAGCACAUUUCUGCUGAAGAGAAAAGUUCACAUAAUGUGACUGUAUCUCUACAAACUGAGAUAGAUGACUCUAGAAGAGUUAUAGAGAAUCUAAAAUCUUUGCUUACUGAUAAAGAAAAUGAGACUCAAACUCUCAAGAAACAAGUUGAUUCUCUUUCAAAGCAAGUGGAAGAACAUAAAAGAACAAUUCAUUUGCAUAAUAUGCUAGGGAAACAAAAACAACUUGUUGGCAUAGGUGAAUGCUCAAAUUUUGUAGAUCAGAAUGUAACAAUUGGUGGUAAGAAGAAUCUAUUUGAAAGUUAG